CCUUCAUGAUGGUGAACAGCUCUGGGAGGGCCUCUGGCCAGAAGGCCCACCUUCUCCUGCCGACCCUGAAGGAGAAUGACACCCACUGUAUCGAUUUCCAUUACUACUUCUCCAGCCGCGACAGGUCCAGCCCGGGAGCCUUGAAUGUCUAUGUGAAGGUGAACGGCGGUCCCCAGGGGAAUCCUGUCUGGAACGUGUCUGGGGUCGUCACCGAGGGCUGGGUGAAAGCAGAGCUUGCUAUCAGCACCUUCUGGCCACAUUUCUACCAGGUGAUAUUUGAAUCCGUCUCUUUGAAGGGUCAUCCUGGCUACAUCGCUGUGGACGAGGUCCGGGUCCUUGCUCAUCCAUGCAGAAAAGCACCUCACUUUCUGCGACUCCAAAAUGUUGAGGUGAACGUGGGGCAGAACGCCACGUUUCAGUGCAUCGCUGGUGGGAAGUGGUCUCAGCAUGACAAACUUUGGCUCCAGCAAUGGAACGGCAGGGACACGGCCCUCAUGGUCACCCGCGUGGUCAACCACAGACGCUUCUCAGCCACGGUCAGCGUGGCCGACACCGCCCAUCGCAGUGUGAGCAAGUACCGCUGUGUGAUCCGUUCCGACGGUGGUUCCGGUGUGUCCAACUAUGCCGAGCUGAUUGUGAAAGAGCCUCCCACACCCAUCGCCCCCCCAGAGCUGCUGGCCGUAGGGGCCACAUACCUGUGGAUCAAGCCAAAUGCCAAUUCUAUCAUCGGCGAUGGCCCCAUCAUCCUGAAGGAGGUGGAAUAUCGCACCACCACGGGCACUUGGGCCGAGACCCACAUAGUUGACUCUCCCAACUAUAAGCUGUGGCAUCUGGACCCUGACGUGGAGUAUGAGAUCCGGGUGCUGCUCACACGACCAGGGGAGGGAGGCACGGGACCACCAGGGCCUCCCCUCACCACCAGAACCAAAUGUGCAGACCCCGUGCACGGCCCGCAGAACGUGGAGAUUGUGGACAUCCGCGCUCGGCAGCUGACCCUGCAGUGGGAACCGUUCGGCUACGCGGUGACCCGCUGCCACAGCUUCAACCUCACCGUGCAGUACCAGUACGUGUUCAACCAGCAGCAGUACGAGGCUGAAGAGGUCAUUCAGACCUCUUCCCACUACACCCUGCGGGGCCUGCGCCCCUUCAUGACCAUCCGGCUGCGGCUGCUGCUGUCUAACCCCGAGGGCCGGAUGGAGAGCGAGGAGCUGGUGGUGCAAACAGAGGAGGACGUUCCAGGAGCUGUUCCCCUAGAAUCCAUCCAAGGAGGGCCCUUUGAGGAGAAGAUCUACAUCCAGUGGAAACCUCCCAAUGAGACUAAUGGAGUCAUCACACUCUAUGAGAUCAACUACAAGGCUGUUGGUUCACUGGACCCGAGUGCUGACCUCUCCAGCCAGCGGGGGAAAGUCUUCAAGCUCCGGAAUGAAACCCACCACCUCUUUGUGGGUCUGUACCCGGGGACCACCUACUCCUUCACCAUCAAGGCCAGCACAGCAAAAGGCUUCGGGCCCCCUGUCACCACUAGGAUUGCCACCAAAAUUUCAGCUCCGUCGAUGCCUGAAUAUGACACAGACACCCCACUGAAUGAAACAGACACGACCAUCACGGUGAUGCUGAAGCCCGCUCAGUCACGGGGAGCCCCUGUCAGUGUUUAUCAGCUGGUUGUCAAGGAGGAGCGACUUCAGAAGUCACGAAGGGCAGCUGACAUCAUUGAGUGCUUUUCAGUGCCUGUGAGCUAUAGGAAUGCCUCCAGCCUUGAUUCUCUACACUACUUUGCUGCUGAAUUGAAGCCCGCCAACCUGCCUGUCACCCAGCCAUUUACAGUGGGUGACAAUAAGACAUACAAUGGAUACUGGAACCCUCCUCUUUCCCCUCUGAAAAGCUACAGCAUCUACUUCCAGGCACUCAGCAAAGCAAAUGGAGAAACCAAAAUCAACUGCGUUCGCCUGGCUACAAAAGGUGCCUCCACUCAGAAUUCUAACACUGUAGAGCCAGAGAAGCAGGUGGACAAUACCGUGAAGAUGGCCGGUGUGAUUGCUGGCCUCCUCAUGUUCAUCAUCAUUCUUCUGGGCGUCAUGCUCACCAUCAAAAGGAGGAAGCUGGCCAAGAAGCAGAAGGAGACACAGAGUGGAGCCCAGAGAGAGAUGGGGCCUGUGGCUUCAGCUGACAAACCUACCACCAAGCUCAGCACCAGCCGCAAUGAUGAAGGCUUCUCCUCUAGCUCUCAGGACGUUAAUGGAUUCACAGAUGGCAGCCGUGGGGAGCUGUCCCAGCCUACCCUCACGAUCCAGACUCACCCCUACCGGGCUUGCGACCCCGUGGAGAUGAGCUAUCCCCGGGACCAGUUCCAGCCCGCCAUCCGGGUGGCUGACCUGCUACAGCACAUCACGCAGAUGAAGAGAGGCCAGGGCUACGGGUUCAAGGAGGAAUAUGAGGCCUUACCAGAGGGGCAGACAGCUUCGUGGGACACAGCCAAAGAGGAUGAAAACCGCAAUAAGAAUCGAUACGGAAACAUCAUCUCCUACGACCAUUCCCGGGUGAGGCUGCUGGUGCUGGACGGAGACCCGCAUUCCGACUACAUCAACGCCAACUACAUUGAUGGAUACCAUCGACCUCGGCACUACAUUGCAACUCAGGGUCCGAUGCAGGAGACUGUCAAGGACUUUUGGAGAAUGAUCUGGCAGGAGAACUCGGCCAGCAUCGUCAUGGUCACGAACCUCGUGGAAGUGGGCAGGGUGAAGUGUGUGCGGUACUGGCCGGAUGACACGGAGGUCUACGGGGACAUUAAAGUCAGCCUGAUUGAGACAGAGCCCCUGGCGGAGUACGUCAUACGCACCUUCACCGUCCAGAAGGUAAGCUUCCCCGUGGCUGCAGGCAGCCUGUGCCCUGGGCAAGCCAGCUGUUCCCCAAGCCCUUUCUCUCCUCAGAAAGGCUACCACGAGAUCCGGGAGCUCCGCCUGUUCCACUUCACCAGCUGGCCCGACCACGGCGUCCCCUGCUAUGCCACUGGCCUCCUGGGCUUCGUGCGCCAGGUCAAGUUCCUGAACCCCCCCGAGGCCGGGCCCAUCGUGGUCCACUGCAGUGCGGGAGCCGGAAGGACUGGCUGCUUCAUCGCCAUCGACACCAUGCUCGACAUGGCCGAGAACGAAGGGGUAGUGGACAUAUUCAACUGUGUGCGUGAGCUCCGGGCCCAGAGGGUCAACCUGGUGCAGACAGAGGAGCAGUAUGUGUUCGUGCACGACGCCAUCCUGGAAGCAUGCCUCUGCGGCAACACAGCCAUCCCCGUGUGCGAGUUCCGCUCUCUCUACUACAACAUCAGCAGGCUGGACCCCCAGACCAACUCCAGCCAGAUCAAAGACGAAUUUCAGACCCUCAACAUCGUGACUCCCCGAGUCCGGCCCGAGGACUGCAGCAUCGGGCUCCUGCCCCGGAAUCACGAUAAGAACCGGAGCAUGGAUGUCCUGCCUCUAGACCGCUGCCUGCCCUUCCUUAUCUCGGUGGAUGGGGAACCCAGCAACUACGUCAAUGCCGCUCUGAUGGACAGCCACAAGCAGCCUGCUGCAUUCGUGGUCACGCAGCAUCCUCUACCCAACACCGUGGCGGACUUCUGGAGGCUGGUGUUCGACUACAACUGCUCCUCCGUGGUGAUGCUGAAUGAGAUGGACACUGCCCAGCUCUGUAUGCAGUACUGGCCUGAGAAGACCUCCGGGUGCUACGGGCCCAUCCAGGUGGAGUUCGUGUCCGCAGACAUCGACGAGGACAUCAUCCACAGAAUAUUCCGCAUCUGUAACAUGGCCCGGCCUCAGGAUGGGUAUCGUAUAGUCCAGCACCUCCAGUACAUCGGCUGGCCCGCCUACCGGGACACACCCCCCUCCAAGCGCUCUCUGCUCAAAGUGGUCCGACGGCUGGAGAAGUGGCAGGAGCAGUACGACGGGAGGGAGGGGCGCACCGUGGUCCACUGCCUAAAUGGGGGCGGCCGCAGUGGGACCUUCUGUGCCAUCUGCAGUGUGUGUGAAAUGAUCCAGCAGCAAAACAUCAUCGACGUGUUCCACAUUGUGAAAACGCUGCGUAACAACAAAUCCAACAUGGUGGAGACCCUGGAACAGUAUAAAUUUGUAUACGAGGCGGCACUGGAAUAUUUAAGCUCCUUUUAGUCCGAUGGGAUGGGGAGCCUGCCAGAGCCCAGAGGCUGCUGCAGCCAAGCCCCCUUUUCUGUGAAUGGCAGUGACUGGGCUCAGGGUCUAAGAGGCAGCACCCUGCCCAACUCCAAGGAGAAGACUGUGGUCCUGUGUUCCGUGGUGGGCUCUGCACCUUCCAAGGGGUCUCCUGUAGCUGUGGGAGAUGCUGCUCUGAAAGGCCCAGGCUUCCCUUCCACACCCAACCAGCUGGAACCACGGGCCUGUGCACAAGUGCGCCCAUGGCAAGGCCCUGGAUUUUUCCGUUCCCAGACCUCCUGCUUUUGCUCUUUUCAAGUUUGUGAAUCUCCUGGCAAGCCGGCUGUGUGAGUGUUGGGGAGUGACAGCCUCAGCAGCACGUCCCUGCCCUAGUUGUCCUUGGGAGUGGAGGGGGUGUGGGUUCUACUCCAUG